CAGGAGCACCCCGAAGUCAUCCCCUUCCUCUCCAACCGCCAUCAAAAAACCAGCCCCGACUUCCUGGCGUCGGCCGAACUCCGCAACGUCCUGGCGCGGUGUCUGAGCCGCGUCCGCGCUCGGCGGGACAAAGUCUACGUCUACAUCAACGAGCUCUGCACCGUCCUCAAAGCUCACACCUCGCGCCGCAAGCUGACCCUCCUCCCCGUCCCUUCCUCCUCCUCUUCUUCCUCGCCUCCUCCUCCUCCUCCUCCUUCCGCCUCGCCUCAACCUCCCGUCUCUCCCGCCGCCGUUUCUCCUCGACCUCCCGGCGGUUCCAAACGUCAGAUCCGUUAUUUGGAGAAUCUCCUUCGCGUUUACAUGGGAGAAAUCCGACGUCUGCAAGAACGGGAGUUGGAUUUGGCCGAGUUGGACAGCGAAGACUCGACGUAUCUCCAGGAAAGUCGUCUCAAACGGAAGAUGAUGCGGAUUUUCGAACGUCUCUGUCAACUCAAGCAGUGCAGCAGCCUGACGGGUCGCGUCAUCGAGCAACGCAUCCAAUACCGCGGGACGCGCUACCCCGAGGUCAACCGUCGCAUCGAACGUUUCAUCAACCGUCCCGAGGUCUUUCCCGAUUACACCGAUAUCCUCAAGGUCAUCCAAAAAGCCAGCGCCCGUCACAGCUUGGGUUUGGCUCGACGGCAGAUGGAGAGCAUGGCUCAGGACGCUUUCCGAGAGGUGGGGAACCGUUUGCAGGAACGACGUCACCUCGAUCUGGUUUACAACUUUGGAAGUCAUCUGACGGAUCAGUAUCGGCCGGGGAUGGACCCAGCCCUGGUUGACCCCGAACUUGCCAAACGCCUGCGGAAGAACCGGACGAUGGCCUUGACGCGUCUGGAUGACGUCAUCUCCCACUACGCCCAACUGCAGGAUGAGAGCGAGGAGGAAGAACGAGGGCGCAAACGGGCGGCACGACAGCGGGGAACCACCCCCGCCCCGUCCGGGGGUCCCCCCCAACCUGCCGCCACGCCCACCAAGAGCCGCCACGCCGCCGGUGGGAAGAGCCGGGAGGAAGAGGAAGAGGAAGAAUCGGAGGAGGAAGAGUCGGAGGAAGAGGAGGAAGAGGAAGAAGAGGAGGAAGAUGACGACUCGGAGGGUGAUGGCGGCCGGGGCAAAGAAGAGGAGGAGGAGGAGGAGGAGGAGGAGGAGCGUGGCGAUGAAGGCAGCGAGGCAGCUGCGGCGCAGGGUGGGUAA